AUGGACAUUGACGAUGACGAGGUGAACACACAGCCAAAGAAGGCAGAGCCCAAGUCUGAAUCAAAGACAGACGGAAAGACAGAAGCCAAGAAGGAGGAGAAGAAAGACAAGAAAGAGAAGAAGGACAAGAAAGAAAAGUCCAGCAAGAAGGAGUCCAAGAAGGAAAAUUCCUCCUCGUCAAAUGACGUGCCCCAAUCCGGCGAUGUCAUCGACCUCGACUCGUCCUCUGCCCAGAAGGCGGGCCGCAACAUUGUCUUCGUCGGCAACCUCCCCUACACCGCCACAGCGGCGUCCAUCACGGCGCAUUUCGCCACUCUGAAGCCCGUCGCUGUGCGGUGCCUGACGAAAAAGGAGGAUCCCAAGGUCUGCAGGGGCAUCGCGUUUGUCGAGUUCGCAACCCCGACGCACCAGAGGACGUGCCUGGACAAGUUCCACCAUUCCAUGUUUGAGGACGGCAUCUCUCCGGCGAGAAAAAUCAAUGUUGAACUGACUGCUGGUGGAGGCGGAAAGAGCCAGGGCCGCCAGGACAAGAUCAACGAAAAGAACAAGAAGCUCGACGAAAACCGAGCCAAGCGCAUCGAAAAGGAGAAGACGGCCAAGGAAGAGAACCAGACCAAUGGCAAGUCCAGCGGCCCGUCCAGAAUGGACAUCCACCCGAGCCGUCUUGCCCGUCUCCCUGGUCUUGGAAACUUGUUUAAGUAA